AUGCCUGUUUCUAUAUAUUCUGUCAUUGAAUGCCCGGACCAGUUCCCCCUCUACUAUAGAUUUUCGACGUACUUGAGCUUCGCCAUAUUGAUCGCCGUCGGCCUUAUCCGGGACCUCUUUGGGAAACUGUUCCGCCCAAAAGCAUACCAAUAUCUGAAACCGCAAGACGGAUACGCAGCACUCAACCCUGGCUUCGACAACUUCUAUCUACGGCGACUGCACGCGCGCAUGGAUGAUUGUUUUGAGCGCGUCACCACGGGCGUCCCGGGACGACAUAUUACACUCGUCAACCGAACCGAGGGAACAACGGAAGAAACUGAAACACUGAACCUGAGUUCGUACAACUAUCUCGGAUUUGCGGAUUCCCAAAACUCGUGCGCACGCUUCGUUGAGGCCUCGAUUCGAACUUGCGGGGUGGGCGCUGCAGGUUCAUGCGCGGAAAUAGGCACCCACCAGCUUCAGGUUCAAGUAGAGGAACUGGUUGCGUCGUACGUAGGCAAGCAAGCAGCAAUUGUCUCCUCUAUGGGAUUUGGCACGAACUCGAGUGUCUUCUCCACGCUGGUUGGUGAGGACUGUCUGGUUCUGUCGGACGAGCUGAACCAUGCGUCGAUACGGUUUGGGGCACGAGCCUCUGGCGCUUCCAUCAUGACAUUCAAACACAAUGACUUGGUUGAUCUGGAAACUAAGCUUCGAAACAGCAUCGGGUCUCGUCGCAAAUGGAGGAAAGUUUUGGUGGUUGUUGAGGGACUCUAUUCCAUGGAAGGAUCCUUGUGUGACUUGCCAGGGCUCGUCGCCCUAAGGAGAUUGUACAAGUUCUAUCUCUUCGUCGACGAAGCGCACUCAAUCGGCGCAAUUGGCCCCAACGGAAGAGGCGUCUGCGACUAUUUCCACGUUGAUCCCGCCGAGGUGGACAUUCUGAUGGGCACUUUCACCAAGUCAUUCGGUGCAAUGGGGGGGUACAUUGCGAGUGACCGCGCGGUGAUCUCGAAACUGCGAGCAACCGACGCCGGCGUGAUAUACAGCGAGGCGCCCGCACCCGCUGUUCUCGCGCAGAUUCUCUCCUCCAUGCAAAUCAUCGUUCGGCGCGGCCAAGGGCCAGAUGAAGGGGGAGCCAGACUGGCGCAAUUGCUAUCCAACUCCAGAUACCUCCGCCGAGGACUGAAACGGCUGGGUCUGAUGGUCUAUGGGAAUGAAGAUUCGCCUGUGGUGCCUGUUCUCUUGCUCAACCCGGCGAAAAUGCCGGCCUUCUCGCGCGAGAUGCUGCGGCGCAGGAUCUCUGUGGUCGUGGUUGGAUAUCCUGCUACGCCUUUGCUCUUAUCUCGGGUUCGCUUUUGUGUUUCGGCAACGCAUACAAAGGCGGAUUUGGAUCUUGUUUUGUCUGCUUGUGAAGAGCUUUGCCAUGUGCUACAGCUACGGCUAUGCCAUGGCUCCUGCGACGUCUGA